AUGCUGCAAUCAACACUGGAUGUAAUCCUACCUAGAUAUGCUGACGACAUCUUCAUUCUUGGUAGGGAUGUGAACGCCACGGUGGCCGAUUUCGAUGACGAUCUCUCUCCAGACGACUUACAAGGUACUAGACUUGAUUACUCUCGCAAAUACUUAGUCAAAGCUACAGAUCUCAGGGGAGAGGCUCUGAUGAAUUUUAUGAACGAAAAUGGCUUCAUUCUCCUCAACGGAACGUCCAGAUCUGACUCCCCAGCAAGAUUCACCAGCUCCAAAAGUGCUACUACACACGACCUGGCUUGGGUAAACCUCGACGAGGCAGACCUAGUGUACGACAUGAAGGUCUGUGCGGAUCUCCUUGGAUCCAACCAGAUGGUUGGAUCCAAGGAGAGACAAUCCAUUACCGUGCAGCUAUUUUUCUCUACUGUGGACCCCAGUGCCUGUGAAGCAAACCUCAAGUUGCAAACGCUCCCAUCCAACCUGAAGUCAACUUACACACCAUCAGCUACCCUACUUUGGCGUAAUGAUAAAGCAGUUGACUUUGUAAAAGAACUGGGUAACUCACCCAUCUAUACUAAGGCUACAACGACUAAGGACAUCGAUGCAAGAUGCUUUGCUCUAACGAAGGCUAUCAAAGAGGCUGCAACUGUCUGUGGAAUGUCCAAACCUGUAAUGGGUAUCGGCAAAGAUCCCCUUUCGAGGAAGAGGACCAAAAAUCCCUGGUUUGACGGAGAAUGUGCUAGUCUGAAAAAGGAACUCCACAAAUCUUAUGGUACGAUUUAUAAACCAGCUUUUGACAAACCCUUAGCUGUUGAAUUCGACGGUAAAAUGAAAACGUACAAAAAACUGAUUAAGGACAAAAAAGCUGUUCACUACGACAAAAAAGCAAACAGAUUCGCUAACAUCAGAAACCCCUUCGUCUUCUGGAAAACAGUUGCCUCUGCUAAAAGUAGACCUCCUAGGAUUGAAGCCAUUAGUUUGGAUGCCUGGAAUGACUUUCUACAAAGUAUGUACCCACCGAGGGCCCCUCUCCAGUUAAAUCUCCAGCACUCAAACUCCUCCGAUAUCUCCCCCCUUGAUAAAGUAAUUCAGAUAAAGGAGAUAAGUAUCUGUCUCAAACACGUAAAGAAGGGCAAGGCUCCAGGAGAGGAUAAUAUAUCAAAUGAAUUCCUAAAAGCCCUGCCCCUGGAAUGGAGGCAAUAUCUUCUGGACCUCUUCAACGAGGUUUUUAGACUUGGGAAAGUCCCUACAUCAUGGACAAGCAUAGUCUUGUGCAUGAUACACAAGAAAUGUGAAAUUGUUGAGCCGCUAAAUUACCGAGGAAUAGCGUUGGUAAAUAACACCACAAAAACAUUUACCUCGAUUCUGAACAACAGGUUUUACGCCUGGGCUGAGGAGAAUAAUAUCCUACCUGAGUAA